GCGCGCGGGCCCCGCCCCCGGCGCGCUCCCGGCGUGCGGCGCGCGCGGUGCUGACGCGGCAGCGGCGGCCGGGCCGGACCGGGCCGAGCGCGGACAUGGUGGCCAAGCAGCGCAUCCGCAUGGCCAACGAGAAGCACAGCAAGAACAUCACCCAGCGAGGGAACGUCGCCAAGACCUCGAGAACGGCCCCGGAGGAGAAGGCGUCGGUCGGGCCUUGGCUGUUGGCUCUCUUCAUCUUCGUGGUCUGCGGAUCAGGUGAGCGGCCGCGCGCGGGCGGCCGGGUCCGGCGGCGGCUGCGGGCCCCGGCGCUGCCCCUCCGGGCCCGGCGCUGCCCCGGCGGCGCUCGGGGCUCCGGAGCUCGCUGCUGGCGCUGCCCGGCGAGCGCUCCCCUCUCCUCUCUUGCAGCCAUCUUCCAGAUCAUCCAGAGCAUCCGGAUGGGCAUGUGAGGGGCCGGUCCCGGGCCGUGGCCCGCCGGCCCCGGCCGCCGCGGCAGCUGCCGAGGAGCGGCGCGCGGCACCGGCCGUGUCGCAUUCCAGGUCCCUUCACGAGUCAUUCCGAGUUUUCUAGCCCGUGCCACAGUGCCUUGAACAGCACCACAUGUAUAAAGCAAUAAAAGUCUAUUGUUGAUCUACAAUCGUGGACCUACUUAUUCGCUGAAGAUCCAGCCUGGUCUCUGUAAUACGUGGUCCAUGGGAACUGACAUCUGUUGUAAACAGCGGUCCCCGAUCAGUGUCGCCCUCGCUGUAUAGCUGGAAAUGGUUUCUCUGACGCCGGAGCCGGGAUUCCUGCGGAGGCUGGAGCCGACUGCGCAGCAUGUUCCCGAGGAGCCCCCGCGGCCCCGCCGUGCAUCCUCCGUGCGUGCGGAGGGCAGGCCCACUGCAGCAUGUGGCAGUGCUGGCGCCCGUCCUCACGCCGCGGCACCGCCUGUAGCUUUGUCCUAAUCCACGCGAAAUGCUUGUCUGUGUAGGGGUAGUGGGGUGGAGAGGAACCGGCACGGCCGGGCGGCAGCGGCUCCUGGCAGGACCCGGUGCGGGAGCUUCGCGGACUGCAGGAGCACCGUGGCCAGACCUGCGGCUCACCAAGCCUCUCCUGGCCGUGCCUGUGCUGUAAAUACUUCUUGGACAACUUUCAACAAGUGGUGAUAGUUUUAAAUUUGAUGAUGUUAUGUGGGAAUAUUGGGUGCGGGGGGGGACAUGCUGCCCCCCUGCCCACAGUUCUGCUUCUGUAUGUGCAGCCCCUGCAGAGUGUGGUGUGUCUUGCAAUAUAUAUUUAAUCCUAUUUAAGGUAAAACCUGCCUUCGACUCGAUUUCUUUUAACAAUGGAUCCAGUACUUAACUGCUUCCCUACUGGUGAUCACAGUUCCUUCUUCUGUAGACGACUGUAACUUGAGAUCACAUGGAAAAUGCUGCUAUUGAUCAUAUUUCCCUGCUGAUGGCCCUGACUCCUGCUGGCUCUGCUCUCUGCGUGGUGACAACGGUGGUGGGAAUUGCUCUGCUGGUGCACGCAGUUGCUAAAGGAAGAUUUUUUUUCCAGGUUUCUUAGUAGAAGACAAAUUUUAAGUCUGGUUAUACUAGAGAUAAUAGAAAACUAAAUGGUUUGAGGUUAAUGAAAUGCUUGUUAGUUGCGAAGGAGCAGAUCUUUUGUAUGCGUUGUAUUUGCAUAUGGAAUCAUCGGGGCUGGUGUGAGCCGGCGCGGGGCCGCCCCAGGGCACGGGGACCUCUGUUGGGACACUUGUGUGCUGUGGCGGGGGAAGUCUGUAUAAUCGCUGAUUUUAAAUAAAGUUCUUUCCAAACGCA